AUGGAGAGUUCGUCGAAUCCCGACCAAAACGGAACUCCGACGAGCUCCGUGUCUUCGCCGUACCGGAGAACAUAUUCCGAUAUCUCUGGCUUAUCUCACAGGUUUGAUGUUCAGAGCUUCUAUAACCGACCGUCAAACACUAACGCCGUUGUAUUGAGUGGUCAUGAAGAAGAAGAUCUCUCCGAAGAAGCCGUGGAACCAAAAGAUGACGCUGUAAAUGACGUUGACGGAGACAGAGAAGACAAUGAUCUAGACAGUGACAUUGAUUCCGCAGAAGAUGCAGAAUUGGAGAUGAUGAGGGAAAGAUUUGCGAAGUUAUUGCUUGGUGAAGAUAUGUCAGGAAGUGGUAAAGGAGUUUGUACAGCUGUUACUGUCUCAAACUCCAUAACCAAUCUCUAUGCGACUGUUUUUGGACAAAGUUUAAGGUUACAACCAUUGAGUACAGAGAAGAAAGAUUUAUGGAAACGAGAAAUGAAUUGUUUUAUGUCUAUUUGUGAUUACAUUGUCGAAGUUAUCCCAAGAUCUCUUGGUACUAACGUUGAGAUUACAGAAACAAAGCUAAGAUCUGAUAUUCUCAUGAGUCUUCCUGCUUUAAGAAAACUCGAUAACAUGCUAAUGGAAAUAUUGGAUAGUUUUACAGAUAACGAGUUCUGGUACGUAGAGAGAGGAAGCUCAUCGAUGAACUCGGGUAAUGGUGGUAGAGAUUCAGGAACGUUUCGGAAAGUGGUUGUUCAACGGAAAGACGAGAAAUGGUGGCUUCCAGUACCAUGUGUUCCAGCUGAAGGUUUAUCAGAAGAAGAACGAAAGAAUUUGCGUCACAAACGCGAUUGCGCAAAUCAAAUACAUAAAGCAGCAUUAGCCAUUAACGAUUCCACUCUUAAUGACAUGGAUAUUCCUGAUUCUUACCUCACAACUCUCCCAAAGAGUGGGAAAGCAAGUGUAGGAGACGUGAUAUACAAGCAACUAUGCACGGCUGAGAAGUUUUAUCCAGAACAGCUUCUCGACAUCUUGAAGAUUUCAUCGGAGCACGAGGCCAUUGAGCUCGCAGAUAAAGUCGAGGCUUCAUUGGUUACGUGGAGGCGUAAGACUGGAGGAUUGACUCACUCUAAGUCUUCAUGGGACAUGAUGAAAGAUAUCGGUGGUGAUGCUGAUCGUGGCAAUGACAAGAACCACAUUCUCGCGGCUCGAGCCAGGAGCUUACUCUUCUGUUUGAAACAGAGAUUUCCCGAACUUUCUCAGACUUCACUGGACAUAUGCAAGAUUCAGUACAAUCGAGAUGUGGGAAAGGCGGUAUUGGAGAGCUAUUCAAGGGUUUUAGAAGGCCUGGCUUAUAACGUUGUGUCGUGGAUUGAUGAUGUUCUUUACGUUGACAGAACAGUGAGGAACAGAGAUGACUAG